AUGGCCGACUCAGCCCGUCUCAGCGGAGGCGCCGUGCGCUUUGGCGCCACCUACAGCGGCAACAAGCUAUUCGCACGCGCGUCUGGGUCGGGGUCGGGGAUGGGGAUGGGGAUGUCCUCUGGCAUGCGCUCUUUCGGUGGAGGAGGCGGAGGGGCCCUCGCUCUGCGUUCGGGCCUGGGCGGAGGAAUGGGAGGCGGAAUGGGGUUCGGAAUGGGGGGAGGUUCUGCCGGAGCGGGGUUCGGAAUGGGGCUGGGAUCCGGCGGAGCAGCGGGAGGCGGAGCCGGCGGGGCUGCAGGGUUCCGUAUGGGCGUGGCUCCCCUGCGCGCUCGGCUCGGCGGCAAGGUGUUCAAGAUCGGCGCGUACGGGUUCAACCCGGCCUUCCUGGGGGCAGGUAGGGGAGCGGGCGCCGGGGGACUGGCAGUGCCCACGCUGGACCCCUCUCUGCCGUCUAUGGACACGGUGCAGGUGACCCGACUCCGAGAGAAGGAGGAGCUGCAGACGCUCAACGACAAGUUCGCCACCUUCAUCGAUAAGGCUCGGUCUCUGGAGCAGCACAACGCCGUGCUGAAGGCCAAGAUCUCCAUGUUCACCAACCCCGACCAGGGCGGCCCCAGCACCUCCAUCCUGCUGACCUCCGCCAUCGGCUCCUACAAGGGCCAGAUCGACUCGCUGACCGCCACCAAAGAGGCCGUCAUCGCUGAAAUCGAACACUACAAGAGCAUCAUUGAAGACGUCGCCACCAGGUAUGAAGAGGAAUCAUCACAAACAAAGACUUUGGAGAUCGACUGGAGCAACCUGAAGGAGGAAGUCGAUAGCCUCUACCUGUCCAUCUUCGAGCUGCAGACUAGUAUCAGUGGGCUGGAGGACCAUAUUGCCUUAUCCAAGCAGGUUUAUGAUGCCAAAGUUAAAGAGGUCCGAAACAUUGUGACAGGCAGUGUGAAGUCAGCCGUGUCCAUUUCGGUGGACAACGCAGCGCAGGCCCAGGAUCUGACGUCAGCUCUGGCGGACGUGAGGGGACACUACGAAGCCCUCGCUCAGAGGAGCAAGCAGGACGCUCUAGUAUCUGUCCAGGAUAGCAUCUCCAUGAUGUCCCUGACCGCCCAGCCCAACACUCAGACUCUCACAUCCUCCAAGGAGGAGCUGCGGGUGUACAAACUGCAGAUAGACUCUGUGCAGAGAGAGAUCGAACGCAUCAAGACACUGAACAUCCAGUUGGAGUCCCAGGUGGAGGAGGCGGAGUCUCACUCAAGCUCCCACACGGAGACGUACCAGGAGCAAGUCAUGACUCUCAAGUCUCAGCUGGAUGACCUGCGCAAGCAAAUCACCCACUAUGGCCAGGAGUAUCAAGAACUGCUGGCCAGUAAGAUGUCUCUGGACGUGGAGAUCACUGCCUACAAGAAGCUCCUGGAUGGGGAAGAAAUCAGAUUGAAGUCUGGAGGGGGCGUGACCGUCCACAUGACUAAAACAGCAGUGGGCGGAGCCGGUGGUGGUGCUGGUCUGGGAUUGGCUGCUGGAGGAGGCGGAGGCGGAGGCUAUGGAUUGGGUCUUGGAGGUGGUCUCGGAGGAGGCCUGGGAGGUGGUCUCGGAGGAGGCCUAGGAGGUGGUCUCGGAGGAGGCCUUGGAGGUGGUCUCGGAGGAGGCCUGGGAGGUGGUCUCGGAGGUGGUUUCGGAGGCAGUUUUGGCUCAGGACUCGGAGGUGGAGGAUCCUUUGGAGGCAGCAGCUACUUCUCCUCAAGCCUUAGCAGCAGUGCGUUAUCCUCCGCAGUCUACUGAAGACCUGAGGUCAUCUCUCAGUUGCUCCUUUCCUGAAUGAUAUCUAUGCCACUCUGACGCAGUCUCAACGCUUUAUGUUUUAUAUCACCAUAAUAAAAUAUGUUAUAACACUUUGAUGUUCAGUGUCAUUCGUGUUUAUGGGAAUAUGUCAAGAUAUCACAUUUCAGUCG